UCAAAUUUAAAAAACAGCCAGAAAAGAAAUUAAAAAUGAAUGAAUUAUGUAACGUCCGAGUGUCAAGUCGAGACCAGCUCAAAAGACACGGCUCUCGCGUUAUUAUUCUCUGAGCUGUAAACAAAGAGAAAAAACUCUCGCCGGCUUCAAUGGAAGAUUACGGCUGUCAAAGACCGUGCGGAGGGAUGCAGAUCCAGCCUUACAACGGCGUUCCUGGAACCGGAGACUUCAGGAGCUAUAGCGCUUCUUACGGGACGGCGACGGAGAGCAACAUGUACGAUAUGAAGAAGGGAAAAUCGAUAGGGAGGUCGAAAUCUUGGGGGAUAACGGACCCGGAGCUGAAGAGGAAGAAAAGGGUGGCGAGUUACAAGAUGUAUAGUGUUGAAGGCCAAGUCAAAGGCUCUUUUAGAAAAAGCUUCAGAUGGCUUAAACAUAGGUACACGCAGGUCGUCUAUGGCUGGUGGUGAUUUUCUUUAUUUUUAUUUUUUUCUUCUUAAGAUCGCUUUGAGUUUCUUCUUUUAUUUGAUUUCUUCAAGUAAUUAAUUAUGUUUUUGUUCUCUUAUAUCUCUCGGUGUAUGCUAUAUUCUUCAAUGUAAGUGUGAUUGCCACAAAA